AGUCAUUGUGUUGGCCUAAGGUAGUCAUUCUCGCGUUGAAGGCGGUCUUCGGUUACGUCUAUUCGUGAAACUAAGCACUGCUGGAUCAGGAAGAGUGUGAAAGCGGACGAAGAUGGCUUCAUCAUCACGAGAAGACAUGUCGCUAGCCUUUAGGAACCUUCAAAUUGCGGGAGGUUAUUCUGAAGACCAAGAAGGAUCAGGCUUGAAGUAUGCCACGUUAGAUUUGAGGACCAAACACCGAAGUGAGAGGCAAACCCGACCAAACGUGACCCGGGGACAGAUGUGGACAGAUAAAGUUUUUCUCCCAAGCAAAGCAGAAACUGGCUGUGCUCCCGAGGCACUCGUGUGGAAAAGACCGCAUGAUUUUCUCCAGAAUCCACAACUUUUUGUUCAUGGUACUGAACGGUAUGAUGUCAAACAAAAUCGGUUUGGCACGUGCUGGUUCUUAUCCAUGCUGUCAAACCUUGCUGACAAGACUCGAUUUUUGAAAAGGGUGAUCAACACUGGAUCGUAUACUCCUGGGAAAGACGGAAUCUGUCAUUGCAAGCUAUGGAAGUUUGGAGAAUGGGUGGACAUCUAUAUCGAUGACUCUUUGCCCCUGUAUCAAGGGAAGCCGGGCCUUGAGCUCUAUGGUGCUGCGUCUGGGACAGCCUCCAACGAACUGUGGGUUUCCCUGGUAGAAAAAGCUGUAGCAAAGAUGUACGGGUCAUACUGUGUCGUCGAUGGUGGUUGGCCGAGCGACGCCUAUCUGGCCCUAACAGGAGGUGUGUCUGAGACUGUUCCGCUUGCAUCUUACACAUCCCCUCCCGACGAUCUGUUCCGACGAUUGGACAAGGCACUAGAGACCGGCGCAAUGGUGACCUGUGUCAUUCUUGGCACUAUAAAAGAACAAGAAAUGAAAGAUUAUGCAGGUAAACUUGGCCUGUUGGGACCACAUGCCUAUGCUCUGAACAAAACUGCCAAGGUGCAGAGAUACAACGGUGAAGUUGUUUGUCUGAUCAGAAUAAGGAAUCCCCAUGGUAAAAACGAGUGGACAGGCAAAUGGAGUGACCAGAGUUCUGAAUGGGAUACUUUGGCCAAAGGCAAAAAUUUGAGACGAAUUAGAGAUGAAGGGGAGUUCUGGAUGGAACUGUCAGACUUUAUGCAAAGAUUUACUCAAACUACAAUUUGUUCCAUGACUGUUGAUUUCGACAAAGAUGGACAGUCCGAUCCUUUAAACUAUGUGCUCAGGAUAUUUGGAGAGUGGGGAACGGAAGUGACAGUCAUCGUCCCAAACAUCUGCAAGAAGCCGGAGUUUUCCGACAAGUAUAGAGGCCUCACACCGGAAGGAACUGUCCCUGUCGUAGUUCAAGUCAUACAGGAUGAACUCCGGCACGACAGCUUCAGCAAGAUCGGCUGUGGCGUAUUAACCGGGGACGAUCGUACACGUAUUCCAGACAUUGAGGGAAAGCCACGACGCUCUGCUGAACUCCAGCGUGUUUUCCGCUAUAACCUGUCACCUGGGACGUACAUUCUCCGUCCUUCCAGAAAACAUGGAACCAGCAAGGAGUUCCUUGUACGGGUGUUCUCACCCUGUCCCAUUCAUGCAGACAAGUAUUAAGUGUCCAUGAGUACAUCCCUAGUAAGUAGUGAUGGACUGUACACCGAAGUGUCGCUACAUUUCAGAUAAGAGUUGGUUACAGUAUAUGACGUAUCAAAUUAGUUUUGUUAACAUAGGAGAUAUAAUUUCAUUGUCCAAGUUGGCUGCGGUGAUAGCACGACAUGUCAUACUUCAUAAUUUAUAUAUUUAUAAUACAUAUAAUUUAAAGUGUUUCAAGAGACAAGGCACCAGGGCCGAUACCGAGCACUUACUUCUAUGUAUUUCACUUCUAUAAAACACACUUCUCAAUAUUUGAAUUAGAAAUGUUCAGCCUGUGGUUUCUUCUCUUGUCUAUUGUUGGUCAUCAGUUAAUUGAAAACAUUCCUAAACAUUGAUCACAACGUAUUGUCAAGAACAUUCCUCAAAAUGCCUUCAAUGACAUGAUAAUGAUUACUUGAGAGA